AUGUCUUCAUCUCGUCUGCUGGCCCGCUCUGCGAGGUCGACGGUCAGGCCAGAUGUGUGUGUCUUCUGCCAUGCGCGGCAGCUGUUGCCCGUCAAUUACAGCUUGCCCGUCAAUUACAGCAACACCCUCCGUUUACCGGCAAAAGCAGCACAGUCCCAUGUGUUCAAGCGAAGUCAUGCACAGAAGCUGGAUGUAAAGAGAUUGCGCGCCGACGUCGACAAGAAAGGUCGGUUCGGCUGGUACGCGCUCACAAAGAAGCAGGGUGUCCUGCUCGUCGAGAGAGACAAGGCAGAAGCCAUCUACAGCGACUUUGUGGCACACAAGGACAAGAAAGAGUAUGGGAAACUGGUCAGACAAUUCACAACAAAAUAUGGAGUCACACUCGAGGAUAUCGCCGGAUUGGCCCUGGUCACCUACUCUAUCCCUGAUCUGUCGGACGCCACAAAACGAGCCAUGCUGCCACCGAGUCAGCACAAGACCGUUGCCGGCCUUAUUCUCCAAGGAUGUGCCGAGAAUGAAGAGCCAGUCGCCAUCAAACACAUAUUGACGGCCGUGUACUUGAACACCUACACUACAGCGCCCGGAGCUCGCGACAUCGCCCUCCUCUUCCCCAAACCCGAGAUCCUAAAGUACCAAAAGACGCUUGAAAAACUCGCCAGCAAAGACGACCCGGAAGCCUUAACGCUCCAAGGCCUCUUCGCCGAACAAGCCAAGCAACCGGCGAAAGCCAGAGUCCUCUACGAGAAAGCGCUCCAGGUCAGCUGGGUCUUCACCUACGCGCCCGGCGCGCGCCACCCAGCCCAGCUCCCCAUAACGGCACCGUGGAACGCGCUGGGCCAGCUGCUAAAGACGGACAGAGACCCAGCCGUUCGCGCACAAGCCCAACACGCCUUUGCGCAGGGCGCAACCAAAGCCGACGAUCCCCUCGCUUACUUGGAGCUCGCUGCUUUCCUCGACAGGAGCAGCGUCGAGUGGCUGAGAUGCAUCAGCAAGGCCGCCGCUUCGGGUCACCGCGAGGCCAUGGUGCAACUCGCCGAGUUCUACCGCGACGCUGCCUCGAGCGAGGCGUCGCUCUUGCAGGCGGAUCCCUCGGGGAAGCUGAAGCAGGCGCUGGACUGGGUGGUGGGGUGGCGGCAGGGCAGCGUGGAGAAGCUGGCUGUCGAGUGGUUCGAGGCGGCUGGGGGCGCUGGGCACAAGGGCGCGUUGCUGCAGUUGGCGGAUUGGUAUGAGAGUGUGGGGGAGACGGGGAAAGCGAGGGAUGUGUUGCAGCGUAUCGUUGUGCCUGGUGCGGGUGUGGAGGAGUGGCCGCAGAUGGUGCAUCAGGCGAAGGGGCGGCUGAGCAGGAUCAGAACGAAGUAG